UUAAAGUGGAACAAAUUUCAAUGAAGUAAAAACCAAGGGAAAAAAAUCAAACAAGGAAGAAGUCACCAAGAAGCGACCUCCUUAUGAAAAGAGGUCGAUAAAUAGACAACGUCGAUCUUCCCAUUCUUCACAUUCAAUCCCCCCACAAGUCAGUUUGGAUACCUUAUUAUUAAGGGUACCCCAUAAAAUGGAGAAGAGAAACGACCAGAGCUACAAGCAGCAACUUGGGGGGUGUCCUACACCAACAUCAUCAUCUUCUUCCUUUCUAACCGAUCUCUUUGGUCCUCUAAACGGCCACUCAAAUCUUCCUCCGACUAAGGGACCAUGGAUGGGCAGUCAUGGAGUGGUAUCAUUUUCAAGAAUGCAUAACUCAGGUGGUCGUCGAAACCCUAAAACUUCAGAUGAUGAGUCUCAAAGAGGGCUGGAAAGCAUUGAGCACAAGAGUUAUGUUUACUACACUGAUGAGCCAACAUCACCAUACUAUUCCAGCUCAUCACUAUACUAUGGAGGCCAAGAUAUUUUUUUUCCAUCCACUAACAUCACUAGUCCUCACUGUUCAGUUACUAUAAGUUCACUGGAGCAGUUGAAAGAUGGGGGAGAAGCUUAUCAAAAUGGGGUGUUUAACCCAAAUCUUGCAAAUAGAGGAGAUUGGUGGCUAGGAUCCCUGUACUAUUGAUGCCAUCUGGCCUUUGGAUGAAUUCGGAAAGAGGAGGUUGAACCCAGGAAAAUAAAUAGUACUCCGUACAAUAAGAAAUAACAUAUGUAUAUAGUAAGAAAAGAAUGACACUCUAUCCCUGAGGACCCUCAACCCCGAUCGGACGGUAUGUUGGGAGGAUGAUAUGAAUAUGAAUAUAUACAGUACUCCGUUCUAUAUUGUAUAUAGAACAAUAUCUUAAGUUUUCAUUCUGUUAGCCAGCAUGCAUACCAGAUUAACGGUUUGGAAUGUCAUGAUAAACUCAUACUCCCAUAUUUUUAUUUCAAGCUAGUAUGUGUAUGAGUUCUUUUUUAUAUCAAGGAAAGAAUUCUAGAUUUGCUUAUUUCAUGUGACAUAUGUAUUGUGGAUGCGUUCUAUUCUCUUAUCAAGAAAGAACUCCACAUUCGGUUGUAUCAUCUCACAUAUGUAUUUGUGCAUGAUUUGGUUAUGAGGAAUUUCCCUAAACAGGGUUAAACAA